AUGAGGUCAUACAACUUGACAUUAGAUGCUAUGAACUUUAACAACAACUUCACAACAACCAUAAACCCUGAAAUGCAAAGUUCUAUUAUGCCAUAUGUGAAAGUAUGGACUCAUACAGGAGGUCAAAAAACUCAAUAUACAAAUGGAGACCGUUCAAACUUUUGGCUUGGCAUUCCAUUUGCUGACUCAGAAGACUUUAUGGGUGGUAUUUCAACUGUUGGUACUGUACAAAUACAAUAUACUGGUGACAGAGACGGUCCAGAUGAACUGAGAGCAAAGAAGUUUACAAAACCAAUAGCACUUUUCACGGAAGAUGCUCUUUUGAAGAUUCGUUCGAUGAAACCUGCUGGGGCUCCUCAGAUUGGCAUAACGACAGCUUCCAUCGAGCAGAUUUUGGCAGCAGGUCAGUAA